UUCAGCGUGUAGUAUAUACCUGCCCUCAAAGCAGAAUAUAUUCUAGAGUACUUAAUCAGCGCGCUUUCUUCGCCGGAGAUCACGAACCUGCCAUGGCCUUCCGAGCAAGGUCGCCGAAGUUCGGGCCGGGGGCUGCCAUGCAGUCUGCCGGCGGAUCCUCUUCCAGCCAGGGACUGGCGGCGCUCUCCGCCGGCCUCGCGCUACGCCUCGCGGAGGAGCACGCAAACAGCAACCUGGUCUUCUCGCCGCUGUCCAUCUACACCGCGCUCGCUCUCGUUGCCGCCGGAGCCCGCGGCGCCACCCUGGACGAGAUCCUCCGCGUCCUUGGCGCACGGUCCCGCCAAGAACUUGACCAGUACGUCGCCCGUGCGGCGGGUGACGCGCUGCGAGACCGGUCCGGCUCCGGCGGUCCGCUCGUCGCGUUCGCGUGCGGCGUGUGGAGCGACCGGUCGUGCCCACUCAAGCCCGGCUUCCGCGAGGCCGUGGUCGACGGCGCGUACAAGGCGGAGGCGUCCACCGUCGACUUCCGCAGCGACGCCAACGGAGCAGUCCGGCUGAUCAACGCGUGGGCGGAGCGUGUCACGAACGGCCUGAUCAAGUCAGUGCUACGCCCGGAAUCGGUGGAGCCGCUCCUUACCCGCGUCCUGCUCGGCAACGCUGUGUACUUCAAGGGCAAGUGGGACCAGCCCUUUGAUAAGAGUGACACGAAGAAGGGGCGCUUCCGCCGGCUCCGCGGCGCCGGCACCGUCGACGUGCCCUUCAUGCGGAGUUGGAAGCCUCAGUACAUCGCCGUGCACCACCGAUUCAAGGUGCUCAAGCUCCGGUACAAGAUGGCGGACGAGUCCCCGCCGUUCGACCCGGGUCCCUUCCUCCACCGCGCCGCCGCUCCUUUCAGACCUGCCAGACACUCCACCAACCUUCCCCACCCUGCUCCGCCGUAUCCUACUCCGCCUUCCCGCUAUGACGACUUCUGCAGCCUCGUCACUAAUGCAUUUGGAAACUCUCUAUCAACGCCGCCCAAGGACAAGAGUUUGACGCAGUUCUCCAUGUGCAUCUUCCUCCCGGACGCCGACAACGGCCUACCAAGCCUCCUGGACGCGAUGGCUUCAAGCCCGGGCUUCCUGCACCAGCACCUGCCUCGCAAGGAGGUCCUAGUCGGCAAGUUACAGCUGCCUAGGUUCAAGCUGUCCUUCCACGGUAGCGUCGUUAGCGUCCUCGGCAAGCUGGGCCUCCUGCUGCCGUUCCACGAAACCAACAACGAGCUAUGCGACAUGGCGGAGGACGACGGCUCCGGCCUUCCCCUGGUCCUCAGCGAUGUCGUCCACAAGGCAGUCAUCGAGGUGAAUGAGGAAGGCACCGAAGCUGCCGCUGUCACCAUCGCUAGUGCACCGGGCGGGGGCGGAGGGCGGCCACGGCCACCACCGCUUGUUGAUUUCGUUGCUGACCGUCCGUUCGCAUACUUCGUUGUGGAGGAGGAGACCGGCGCCGUCGUCUUUGCCGGGCAUGUCCUCGACCCCUCCACAGAGUAGACCACCAUAGGGCACGGCAAUAUUUAGGAUAUUUUCGAUUUUCUACUUAUGUGCUCCCGUUUGAUUUUAUUUGGACACAAGAUGUGCAUAUGCAUAGCUAUGUACAAUUUGGGACUGUAUUAUUCCGAAGUAUUGACGUCCAUUACAUUUUCUGAAUCUGAA